GGGUCUUCCCUUCCCACCCUCCUCCCUCCCCGGCGCGGCUCUCAAGGGGCCAGCCUACCCAUUCCCCGCCUCUCCGGCCACCAGCGGGGAGCGCUGCCCAACGAACGCGUGGUGGGUGGCCGCCCCACAUUGAGUUAGAAACAAGGCACUAAUGGGGAUUGCGGAGGUGGCUCUCCACACCAUGCCGGGGGCAUUUGCCAGCCACUCCCCGGCAUCCAGUUUACCCCUCAGGACUGACACGAGGAGUAUGAGGAAGAGGGGCACCAAUUCGUUUUACAGGACACUUGGAGGUCCACCAAAGUUCCCUGAGUUGCGGCCGGUUGAGUGCCAGUGCCAGAGGAUUGAUGACCUUGCGGGGGUCAUUGAAGCUGGGAACGGGACAUGGGCCAACGACAUGGUGAACAAGGCCAGCCAGGUUCUUGGUGAUGUCGCUGUGCCCGGUCAGGCUUUAGGUGGCAAUGCAAGUCUGAGUGGAAAUCCUGAGAAGGUUCUGCCUAGGAGGCGGAACUUGUCAUCGGUUGAGGAUGAAGCUUGGGACCUUUUGAGGGAAUCCGUUGUUAAUUAUUGUGGUAGUCCAGUUGGAACAAUUGCUGCCAAUGAUCCAAAUGACAGUAAUCCAGCCAAUUAUGAUCAGGUGUUUAUUCGGGACUUUAUACCGUCUGGCAUUGCUUUUCUAUUGAAGGGGGAGUAUGAAAUUGUACGCAAUUUCAUUCUACACACCCUUCAGCUUCAGAGCUGGGAGAAGACAAUGGACUGCCAUAGUCCAGGUCAAGGCUUAAUGCCUGCCAGCUUCAAGGUGCGGACUAUUCCACUUGACGGCGAUGAGAAUGCCACUGAGGAGGUAUUGGAUCCUGAUUUCGGGGAAGCUGCAAUAGGGCGUGUGGCACCUGUUGAUUCAGGUCUAUGGUGGAUCAUAUUGCUCAGGGCAUAUGGAAAAUGUUCGGGUGAUUUGUCAGUUCAAGAGAGAAUUGAUGUCCAGACUGGCAUAAAAAUGAUUCUGAAGCUUUGUUUAGCUGACGGGUUUGACAUGUUCCCUACAUUACUGGUAACUGAUGGUUCAUGCAUGAUUGAUCGUCGAAUGGGAAUCCACGGACAUCCACUUGAAAUUCAGGCACUGUUCUAUUCAGCUCUCUUGAGUGCACGUGAGAUGUUGACUCCUGAAGAUGGAUCAGCUGACUUAAUCCGUGCCCUAAAUAACAGGCUUGUCGCGCUGUCCUUUCAUAUCAGGGAGUACUAUUGGGUCGACAUGCAAAAACUGAAUGAGAUAUAUCGAUAUAAAACUGAAGAAUAUUCUUAUGAUGCUGUCAACAAGUUCAACAUAUAUCCUGAUCAGGUUUCUCCUUGGCUUGUUGAAUGGAUACCUCCUAAAGGGGGUUACUUUAUUGGAAACCUGCAGCCUGCACAUAUGGACUUCCGGUUCUUUUCUUUGGGGAAUUUAUGGUCAAUUGUAAGCAGCUUGGCAACAACCCAACAAUCACAUGCCAUUUUGGAUCUGAUUGAAUCGAAAUGGUCUGAUUUAGUGGCAGAGAUGCCACUGAAGAUAUGUUAUCCUGCUCUUGAGAAUCUGGAAUGGAAAAUCAUUACUGGAAGUGACCCUAAAAACACGCCUUGGUCGUACCAUAAUGGAGGAUCCUGGCCAACAUUAUUGUGGCAGCUCACAGUGGCAUCUCUCAAGAUGAACAGACCAGAGAUUGCUGCAAAAGCUGUGGAGAUAGCUGAGCGGCGCAUUGCUACAGACAGAUGGCCUGAAUACUAUGACACGAAGCGAGCACGCUUCAUAGGGAAACAGUCUCGGCUUUACCAGACAUGGUCUAUUGCUGGGUACCUUGUAGCGAAGCAACUGCUGGACAAACCUGAUGCUGCUCGAAUACUCUGGAACGACGAGGACAUGGAAAUUCUUAAUGCUUUUAGCACAAACAGGAAACGUGGCAAGAAAGUGUUGAAGAAGACAUACAUUGUGUGAGUUCUCAGCACUGUUAAGUUAUAGGAUGUCUCUUCUGUACAUACUUACAAAAGGUCGUGCUUUUGUUGGAGGAAUGCCCGUGUUGGAUGUUGUUAUAAUGGAUGCAUCUGGCCUUGCAAGAAAUCACUUGCUUGAGCAUUCCUCAAUUAUUUACUUGCCAUCACUUUUUGCACUAUCGACCUGUCCCAUGUAGGUUACCCAGAUGCUUCAUUUCACCUGAACAAAAAAGUGGCUUUCAGUCA